AUGGCUGACUCGUUGGUGAACACGAUGUGUCGACGACAAAGAAUAUUGUGGUCCGUCACACUGACGAUCGCUGCCUUCUUGUUUGUCGUACAAGUGUUUUCUUCUGUCUCGUCCUAUCUCGCCUAUGAGAUAGAUGUCAAAAUCGGAAAACAAACUGCGUCCACCCAGCAAUUCCCGGCAGUUACCGUGUGCAAUAUUAACAAACUCCGCCGUUCGGCUGUUGCUGUGAGUGAAUUCAGAGGUAUAAUGGCAUUAGACGGACCGUUGAAGUGGUUUGAAAAAUACGCCCGCUAUUCAGAUGUUGUUAGUGCUGAUGUCAGCAGCUGCCCCGCCGAUUGGACCAUAUGCGACUCGCAGUGUAUUCCACCUGCAGCCCUGUGUAACUACAUAAAUGACUGUGAUGAUGGAAGUGACGAAAGUAAUUGUCCGUACAAUAAUGGUCAAUGUCCGGAGGAUGCAUUUGAAUGUAAUGACGUCCAAAUGAAGUGUAUACCAAAGACGAAGACGUGCGAUCGUGUCAAACACUGUAACAACGGAAAUGAUGAACAAAAUUGCGCUUACACAGAAGAAAACGUUUUUAUGGACGACUGGAACAAAAAGUUUCUCGGCAUUUCUUCGGAUCCUAGUAUUUACGAAGAUUUUAGAUAUAAUUUCUACGUGAACAAAACUUUCACGUUUUUGCCGAAUAUGGAAGAGCUGCGCUGGGUGCCGCUGAUGGUUGCAAGCCAGGCCGCUGACUUUGCAGACUUAAAGGAACUGAUGCAACUUACGAAAGGAGAUAUACAGUUACUGGGACACCAAGCUGAACAAUUUAUCAUGAAAUGUGAAUUCAAUGGUUUGAAAUGCGACAUCAGUGAUUUCCGUGUUAUGCAAGACAACGUGUAUGGGAACUGUUUCACCUUCAAUGGAAACGCGGUUCACCAAUCGGCACGAAGUGGGCCAAACACGGGUAAAGAGCGCCAGAUGCUUUCGUUCUUUUAA